AUGGCAUCGAAGGUUUCCUAUCGGCGAGUUGUCUAGUACUCCGUAUGAAAUAGUGUCUCCGUCAGAUUGGGGAAGCGGGAAAGGGGAAACGAUGAUCCGCAUCUGAAUUCUCAAGUCUCCACGAGACGACGAACCAAAGCAAAGCAAAGCGAAGCGAUGGAGCAAGCGCUGCUCCGAAUCCUCCGAACCCUCGGCUCCACCGCCCACCUCACGCAGGCCCACGCCCGUCUCCUCGCCGCCGGCCUCGCCGCCAGCCCGCGCCUCCUCCCGGCGCUCGUCGCCGCGGCCUUCUCCGCCCACUCCCCUCGCUACGCCGCCGCCGCGCUCCGCGCCGCCGGCCCCGCCGCCUCCACCGUCUCCCACAACACCCUCGUCGAGCGCCUCGCCGGGGCCAGGCCGCGCGGCCGCCGCCCCGCCCCCGCACCCGCCCCCGCCGAUGCCCUCGCCGCCUACGCCGCCAUGCGCGCCCAGGGCGUCCCGCCCAACGGGUUCACCUUCACCUUCCUGCUCCGGGCGUGCGCGCUCCUGGGGCUCCCGCGGCCGUGCGGCUGCGUCCAUGGCCAGAUCGUCAGGUGCGGGUUCGGGAGCGACGUUUUCGUCCAGAACGCGCUCAUGGAUGUGUACCACAGGUGCGGUGGCGGUGGCGGUGGCGGUGUUGGGGCCGCUCGGCAGGUGUUCGACGAAAUGGUUGACAGGGAUGUGGUCUCGUGGAACUCCAUUGUUGGGGUGUACAUGUCGAGUGGGGACGCUACGGGAGCAAUGGGGUUCUUCGAGGCGAUGCCUGAGAGGAAUGUUGUCUCCUGGAACACUGUUGUUGCCGGGUUUGCAAGGAUGGGUGACAUGGUGACAGCGCGGGCUGUGUUUGACAGGAUGCCUUCUAGGAAUGCCGUUUCUUGGAAUUUGAUGAUUUCGGGUUAUGCGAUGAGUGGUGAUGUGGAGGCUGCACGUUCCGUGUUUGAUCGGAUGGACCAAAAGGAUGUGGUUUCGUGGACUGCUAUGGUUUCUGCUUAUGCCAAGAUUGGGGAUCUAGAUACAGUGAAUGAGUUGUUCGAUCAUAUGCCUGUGAAGAACCUGGUUUCAUGGAAUGCAAUGAUAACUGGAUACAAUCACAACUCGCGAUACGAUGAGGCAUUGCGCACAUUUCAGCUGAUGAUGCUUGAAGGACGGUUCAGACCUGAUGAGGCGACAUUAGUGAGUGUUGUCUCGGCAUGUGCUCAAUUGGGCAGUGUUGAAUACUGCAACUGGAUCAGUUCUUUCAUUGGUAAAAGCAACAUCCAUCUCACUGUUGCACUAGGAAAUGCUCUCAUAGACAUGUUUGCAAAGUGUGGGGAUGUAGGAAGGGCAGAGUCAAUUUUUUAUAAAAUGGAAACAAGAUGUAUCAUUACAUGGACAACAAUGAUUUCUGGCUUUGCUUUUAAUGGUCUUUGUAGAGACGCUCUUUUGGUCUACAAUAAUAUGUGCAGAGAAGGAGUUCAACUGGAUGACACAGUUUUUAUUGCUGCACUCGCUGCUUGCGCUCAUGGAGGUUUGUUGCAAGAAGGUUGGAGUAUAUUUAAUGAAAUGGUUGAGCGAUAUAACAUUCAACCAAGAAUGGAGCACUAUGGGUGCAUGGUGGAUUUACUUGGUCGAGCAGGUAACUUACAGGAGGCGAUUUUAUUUAUUGAAAGCAUGCCUCUUGAACCUAGUGUUGUCAUAUGGGUCACGUUGCUUUGUUCUUGUGUUGCACAUGGUAAUGCAGAGCUUAUAGAAUAUGUCAGUAAGAAGAUAACUGAACUAGAACCAUUUAAUUCUAGUUAUCAAGUCCUGGUUUCUAAUUGUAGUGCUUUGGAAGGAAGGUGGGAUGGUGUGAUCGAUGCACGCACAAGCAUGCGUAAUUGGGGAAUUGAGAAAGUGCCUGGAAGUAGCUCAAUCCAGGUAGGCAGUGAGGUUCAUGAGUUUUUGGCUAAAGAUACAAGGCAUAAGAGGAGGAAAGAGAUAUAUGAAACAGUUGACGGUUUAAUGGCCCUCAUGAGACAUACAGAGCAAGCACAUUGGGUAAGAUAAUGUAGAACACUGCAGCAUCAGAAGUGCUUAGUUGAGUGUUGCUCGUCCUACAUGUGCAAAAUAAAUACUAGAUUACCAUUUGAACAGGAUGGACUGGUAAGUUGUAUAGCAGAGAGAGAGAGAGAGAGAGAGAGAGAGAGAGAGAUCAGCAGUUGAUGAUUUGAUUGAAUGCAUGAAUCAUAGAGGACACCCCCUUUGAUUGCUUAAAGAAAUUGCACACCGCUUAACUAUUGAAGAUCUUGCCUGCUUGUCUGUCUUGUGCAGCUCAUGUGUAAAGGUUGAGAGUUGGGACCCUAGGACCUUAUGUCCUUGAGUCCUUGUGGCAGGACCUUUUUGUGGCUAGGUACUGGGGCUAUUCAAUGCUUGAUAGGGCAACAACUGUGUAAGAUACAGCUAGUUUUUGCUGACAUUGCUUCACUGUGAUUAUGGGAGAAGUUAAUCGCUGGAGUGCUCUUUUACAGCCGUUUUCCAAGUGUAACUGAAAAAGUCUAAUUCAGUUCAUCAGGUGUUGUGAAUAAUCUGCAGUAACAUGGGUAAAGGGGAUCUUCCUAUUGUUCUACAACUGUAUCAGGUUUGCUAAUAAUCUUCUUUCUGGAUCAAACUGGAGAGCAUCACUUUUGGUAAAUAGAAGGCAGAGAGUUUUGCUGCAAUUGGCAUGAACCAAGCUCUGGUUCUGUCACCACUCACCAGGAGCAAAUAGCUGCGUACUAUCUCAGAUAUAAGUAGACGUCACUUAUUCUCUGGGCAGUUGAGUCUUCUUUACUAUCAAUGCAUAUUUGAGGAAGCUGCUUUAGCUAGCAGCAGAAGUGCUCCAUACGGUCUUUUUGGGUGAUCACCCCAACCCAUUGCAUUUUGAUUAAUCUGGUGAAUCAUAUUGAGAUCCUGUCUUCAAACUACUGAAAUCACAAAUUGGGAGCACACGACUUAUCUGUUUCUUUGACUAGCAUGGCAUAUUUGUUACAAAUAGUAAGUAUAGAAAUUUCUUUCCCAGUUUUAUGUGUUGUACAUUAUUCUCAAACAUCUUAUUUGAAAGAAGAACACUUUUCAAUAUUAGUACACUGGUAAGUGCAACUGGUUUUAGGCCUUUACAUAGUUUUCUGAUCUUACUUCAAUUUUAGCUUCUAGCAAUCUUGACUUUGGCUGAGGAACAUAGCUGCAAGCAACUUGCAGCUAGGAAACUAGGAUGGGAUUGGGUUGAUACUUGAUAGAAAUCCAUUAGCCACUUCGAUUUAUUUUGUUAAAAUUUGAGUUUUUGUUAUUCUCUUGUUGGCGCUAUACGGUUCAAAAUCGCUGAAUCAUGUUCCAUCUAUUGCCUGGCUAUUUCAAGGUGCAUUGGCCUUUACACCACAUGUCAUCAUGACAGCAACAACCAGUUAAUAAAUGCCCUACUGGCAGUUUAUAGUUCUGGACCAUGCUGAUUACAUAGCUGCCAGUCUGUGACCUUCAUCUAGAUCAAUAGUCGUAUAUGUUCAAUCCUCUUCCAUCUAUUAUGAAUUUAUGAUAUGGUAAAUUUUUUUUCACCAAGCUUGUUUACAAGGUAAAAUUUUUCUGCUCUUAUUUUGUUACAAGCAUGAAUGUAAAAUUAAUAGUGAACUACCAUCCAUUUAAAGAAGAAAUUUCUUUUUCAAGAAACAAAACCUCCACUGAGAAUUUGCAUUGCAGGCAGAAGUUGCUGUGCUCAUGUCAAGAUGUAGUUUUACAGUGACAACUCAUACCAGGAUGAACUUCACAUUUGAUUGUGGUGUGUUCCGCUUCUUCCUCAGUACAGACAUACUGUCUGACUGUCUCCUGGGUCAUUAGAGCUAUAGGAACAUACAUUUUUUCUUAAUGAUAUAUGGGUACUUUGUGUUGUCUGAUUUCUCAUAUUUUCACUGUGGAAAUUUAUCUUUAGUUUUGGCUGGAUUAUUCAGCAAAUUUUAUGCUUGAGUACUCAUUGUCGACUUGAACACUAUUUAUGAUUGAAUUAAAUUAAGACAACAAAUUACCUGGAUUUACAGUAGUGAUUCUCUUCUGUAAUACAUUUAGGAGAUAUUUGUUGUGGAGAAUAAAAAAAGAGCAGGGACACGAAUGUUAAGUGCAAAAUCUUAUAAUAAUUUCCAUGUGAAUAUAAGACAACAUUGGAGUGAUAAAUUGAUUGAAUUUUUUAUAUAUGCUACUGAAAGUUGUCAUUAGCAAAGAGAAUAUUUGUUGUUUAUUUAUGUCUGAGGUUAAGCAGCAUUACCCAAAGAGAUGAUAUUGAUAUGGAAAAUCACAAAAUAGAUGAAGAUAAUAUGACAUAGAAAGCUGAUGGACACUCUGGACUCUAUUUCUCAGGAAUUUCCCUGAUUUAGGGAAUUGAACUUUUUCCUGUAAAAUUCGUUUAAUGCCGUGUGCUCCAUUUCAUCAUUUUUCCUAUCUUUACCUUUUUAUUACCCUAAUGUUUACAGUGUCAAGGUUAUUCUUUAACAAAAAGGACACCUAAUGCUAAGAGAUGACUAAGUGACCAAUUAAUUUAUGAAGUACUAGUAGAAGUCUAACCGAUCUAAUUUUGAAUCUUCAUGUUGUCCGAUGAGGCUUUCCUGACAUUUUAAUUCACAUUCUGUAAGACUGUGACAUGCUUUUGCAUUCUUUGAACUUUUGUAAGGAAGGGUGUGAACAAAUUUUGAAACAUCAGUUCAGGACUUCUUUUUUCAAGGCUAAUCUCAAGAUAUUGUUGCUUUAGUUUAUAGAGACUAGAAGAUCUGAUUGGCUUAUAUUGUAACUUUUCUGUUUUCCAUCAUUCAGGAAGAUCAUCGAAGUUUUGAUCACCAGGCUGCUGUCCGAGGAUUAAAACUAAUCAGUCCUUCAAAUUCGUGCCAGCGCUGGGAGCAAGGACAACCAUUGGACAAAUUGGUGGUCACAACUCACAAGAGCCAUCAUCAUCCUGGGGUUUAUAGAAACCAGAGAUCUCCACACAAAGCAUUGAUCAGAAGUAUACUGGCCUACUGGGAUACCAGAAACACAUGGAACCAUUUUCACCUUGUGCAUUCAGAGACCGUGAGUUAUUCUGCCACGCAAUCGCAAGCGAAAAAUGGGCGAUUCUUCCAUUGUCCCGCCCUGUCUCCCCUGCUCCCCAAAGCUGGAGCAGGGGGAAUGAAGCUGGGCGAUUGUUGCUUGGAGGGGCCGAGGAUUCGCUGGUGGCUCAAUUAUCCUGGAGUUCAUUCUGAAAUCUGAACUUAUAAGAUGAGAUAGCUGUUUCUGAAUUCGCAGAAGAGAAGGCAUCUAAUGCGAUUUGAAUACUUGGUUACUCUCUCUGGUAAAAAAAAAUGAUGUUUGAUGGACAAAAAAUUAAAUUGUUGUGUAUUAAUAAUGCCAAUAUUCCUUAAAUGUAAUGUGAGGUAUUGCAAGUUUGGUAAAA